AUCGAUGGCGAGCUUUUUGACGCAAGCGCUCGAAGCGAAACCCCCUGCGCGCUCGAAUGUUGUGUAGGGGGUUUGGGGUAAAGGAGAACCAUGGCUAUCCGGGAGUUCGUAAAUGGGGGAGAAGAUUUUCUGGGAGUAGGAGAGAGAUUGGUCGGUAAGAGAGAUGGAGUUAGAGGAGGGGGUGUAGAGGGGAAGUGAGACACGCGACCCUCUCACCUGUUUGCCAACCCGCCAGUCUGGUUUACGCGCCCGGUCAUCCGUCGGCGCUACAAGUGGUCUCUCGUCGUCUCUCUCUCUGACUAUAUUCUAAAUCGUGUGCAUGUUUCCCAUAGAGGCCACGUUUAUAUAUCCUUCGCGAUUCAAUUAAUUAGUUCAAUUAAAACACACGUUGGAUCGAGACGUGUUUUACAUUUGUUAAAGUCGCGUCUCUCGUUCACCGCGGGGGGGGAUUAUUAUUAUUAUUCAAAUAAUUUUUUCAACGAGUUGUGUGAACUGUUUUUUUUAAAAUCAUCUUCUCACUCAAAUAUGGGGACAAAGGAAAAGAUGACAAUUAGUGUUUAGUGAUUAAAAAAAACCCCCCUUCUUCGAGAAAAAAUGACUUAAAUAACAAUGACUGGGAAAAUGAUGAGAAAUGAAAAAAGAAGAAAUAGUACACACAGACAGAGAACAAUUUCUUAACAUCGUAAAGGGUCUUGGGAGUUCUUGAAAUCAAAAAAAAAAAAAAAAAAAUGACACUAUCAAAAGAACAAUGCCUCCUGGGGGAGUUAAAAACAUUUACCCACCUAUCGACAAUCUCUCGAACGAACAAGAUCUGAAAACAUAAUCAAUUACAUCCUUUUUUAUCCCAAAGAGAAAGGAGCCACACAAAAAAAAAGUUUCCAGAUUUCCAAUCUUAUUUCUUGUUUUUUUUGUUUUGAUUUCAGUUUCUUUUCGUGAAACCGCAGACAAAAACGAGUCAAUUUUAUAGUUGAUUUUUUUUUACUUCCCUUUUUCUUUACGAAGCGGAAUGGUUGUCGAUCUUUGUAAGACGUUAUUAAAUUUUAAUCGUGCUUUCAUUUUUGUUAUGGUGAGAGAGGUUUUCUUUUGAGAGGAGGAAAAGAAAAAUUAUCGAGAAUUGGAAAAAGAAAUUAUACACAUAGAGGGAGAGAGAGAGAGAGAGGGAGGGGAAAAAAGGAAGGAAAAGUGAGAGAAAGAGGGAGAGUGAGAAGAGAAAUAUAAAGUGGAAAAACGUGACAAGUGGAAAUACACGAUGAGUUUUUUUAACUCACUACAUCAAUACGUCAGCGACAGUGUCGCAAGUCUCAACUUGGGUACGAAGAGAUUCUCAUUUAGUCGAGAAGAAUCCACUACUGCCGGGGCUGGAAGAAGUGGGUCCACUGGGAGUGUUACCUCGACAACUAAUUCCACCACGACGACCCACCAUGGAUUUCCUAAGGUCGUACCACCCCCUGGGACAACGACGCCACCACAUGCUCGUUCUCUAUCGUCUCGUCGACGAACUCUCGAGUCGACUUUUGUUCCUGGACUGUCGGUACAUCCAGCAGCAGGCGGAGGGGGUGGUCAAUUGUCCCCCCGACGAGUAGGCUCUUUUAGACGAAGUAAAGGAUCCACAGAUCGACCUCCAUUAAUGUUCUGCCGUAGAAGACCAUCAUGGCCAGAAGUUGACAACGAGGCAACUUCCGGUGUUCAGGAAACAGAUGGAUCGUUCUUUGAGAGUUUUACUGCCUUGUCUUGGAAACAAGAAAAUCGAAGGUUAAUCGUUCUUCAAGAGGUUGAGGCCAGAGCAGAAGAAGCACCACCACCGUCCAGAGAUUUCAAUCUAAAUACAUCUCAAAAUUACAGAAUGAGUCAGAAAGAGGUGAGAAAAAUGGAACAAUUGUACAGAGAGGUUCUUUACACAAUUGCGAACAGGGUUGGGGCCAGUACGGGACCUUAUGUCCAAUACAAGGAGGACCUUUAUAAAUAUGCCCAAGAAGCUUUUAGCGUUCCACAAGAUCAACAUAGACGAUUUUUAAAUAUUGCUUCCGAAGAAAAGCCACCAAUAGUUGUCCUAAACGUAUUAGUAGUGGAGGCGGAAGGUCUCGAAGCCAAGGACGCAAAUGGUUACAGUGAUCCGUACUGUAUGUUGGGCAUUCAACCGGGUAACAGCAGCUCUCUACCUAGUCCUCAGACGAAUUUACCCGGUCAUUCUCCUCACACUGCACCACCUUCGCCUAGACAAACGACUCGAGCUUUAUCGGAUGGUGGCUGUGAAAUCGAAAAUUCUCAUCACGAAAAGCUUCGAAAACACUCCAGUUUCAGAAUUGCGUCAUUUAAACGAAAGGAACAGCCGAGUAGACGAGAGCAUCGAGAAUCUAUAAGUGGUGAGGUACCGGCGAAGUACAUACGAGCCACUUCAGUGAAGCACCAUACUUUGAAUCCUCGAUGGGAAGAAAAGUUUCCCUUCGUCAUCGAUGACAUCAAUACUGAUAUCAUACACUUAGAUAUAUGGGACCAUGACGACGAGUCCUCGGUCCUCGAUGCGGUCAGCAAAUUGAACGAGGUUCGAGGGGUCAAAGGUCUUGGUAGAUUCUUCAAGCAAAUCGCUCAAAGUGCAAGGUCAGGGAGUCAAGACGAUUUUCUCGGCUGCGUCAAUAUUCCCGUUCAGGAUAUACCAAGCACGGGACUGGAAGGUUGGUACAAACUACAGGCUAGAACUCAAAGGAGCAACAUUCAGGGUCGAAUUAAACUGAAGCUUUGGCUUUCGACUCGAGAGAAUCGGGGCACUUCCGAAGAGGACAACUGGGGCGAACUUCGUCAACAGGAGAGGCUGUAUACUGUAUUUCUCAAUCAUGAAAUUAACAAACUAACGAAAGACUUUAAUGGAGAAUUAUCACAAAUUCCAAUGACAAUUCUGCAUCAACAUGCGGUUCAGGGUGACAUCACUGACCUACAACAGGCAAUCGUUAGAUGGGUUGCAAGUGCAAGACAAUCUUCAGUAGAUCCAAAAACUCUUUAUAGGUUCCUUCAGGAUAUAGAAAAUAUGUGGCAUCCGAAUGAACUUUCUAUAGAGGAAGUACAAUAUUUGGCAGACUCGUUUAAUGCAUUUUUGGACGUGACAUUAAAAAAGGUUCGACAGCAUCGAGUUCUAUUUCCUCCUCUCCAUCAACCAGCAAUUUCAAAACUUGAUAAUCUUCUGAGGUGCCUCGGUCUUUUGUCGAUAAUGUCAGCUUACAGAAAGUGCUGUCCCUUCAACAAAGAGAUGCGUUGGGAGAUAAUAACGGCCCUUAGAAAAGGAACCCUUGAAUGGUAUCAGGAAACGAGGCAGCAAACUAUGGGACGUGAUCAAGAGCCAGAUCAGGAUCAAGAUAGAGUCCUUCAGGAUUUUACGAAUUUAGUGACUGCUCUAUUAGUGGAUCUUGAACAGGGUCAAAUUUACUACAAUAGCCUUUUCGAACACACGAACGGAGUACCCUAUUUCUCGGCCGUUUAUAAGCAGUUGGAAAAGCUGCUGGCGGAACACGUGGCGAAACACAUGGAGAACACGUCCGAGAUGCAUGAUGAACUUGGAGCUAGGGUGACAACAGCUUGUUUACAAAUACACGCUCAGGAUAGAGAAGAUUACGUUUUACCUCCUGGUGCUGAAAUUGGAACUCCUAUUUUCGAACUUUAUUUAGCACUUCAGGAAUUCAUGAAAAUGAAGAGAUACCUGCCGCAAUCUGAUCAUAAAACUUUGGCCAUUUGCAAGUACUAUGAGUGGUUCAAACCAGCGGUUGAUAAGUGGUUGGAUUUAGCAAAGUUGAAGGCAAUGCAGCGAGUGAGAAGGGCAUCAGAAUUGGAUAGAAUAUGUACUGGUGAAUAUAUAGUGAAACAUUGCACAUCAGCAAUUGACGCUAUUUCGUGCUUUGAUCAGUUGAAAGAAUUUUGGAAUCAACUCGAAUGGCCGGAUAUCCCAGGAUCAUACAGUUUCGUAUUGAAAGUUGUUGACGCAAUUUGCACUUGCGCAAGUUAUUAUGCUGAACUGACACAUCAAAAACUAGCUGAUUCAGGUUAUUACGAUGAUCAGGGUCCUUAUAAAACGACUGACGAGGUAAAUGCACAGAUUUGCGUGUCGGUGAAUGGAUUGGAAUAUGUGAGAAGAUGGCUGGAAAAUUUGGGGGAAAUGUUGCAUAUUGAGGAUCUGUUUGCGACCUUGGAGGGACAGGCGGCCGAAGCUGUUUUCCUUCAAUGGCGACACACAAUGAUUUCACCCUUGGAACAAACAUUGGGACAAAUGAUGCUUUUUAUUAAUCAAAUUAUCUCACGAACUGGGGCAAAGAUGAGACCGCCGUUAAAGAAGGCAAUGUUUCAUUUGGCAUGGUCGCCCGACAGUCUUCCAACAUCGGAGGCAAUUGCACCUCUAGUGGAAUACUUAGAUGUACACCUGGUGACUCUUAACUCGGCUUUAUUAUCAACCAAUUUUGCCCGAGUGCUUCAAGUCGUUUGGGAAGUGGUAUUGAGCGAGCUUUACAAUCAAAUGGACGGAAGUGCAGCAGAUAAACCGCCACUAUUUUACGAAAGACUUCACGAGGCUCUUGAAUAUUUGGUGAAUUUCUUUUAUGCGGACGAAAAGGGUUUGACCUACGACAUUAUUCGCUGUGAAAUAUUUUUAAAUAUCGAGGAAAGACUUGAAUAUCAUAAAAUGGAUACAACUCUUCUAAUCGACAGAUAUUAUCAACAACGAUUGCAGGACCAAAUGAAUACGUUUACGGUUGAGUAUGGUGUUUUGACAGUAAGGGCAUAUUUUAAUCACGAUUCACUUUGCGUGGAAGUCAUAAGUGCAAGAGACGUGAUUCCCCUUGAUCCAAAUGGACUCAGUGAUCCUUUUGUGAUAAUAGAAUUGCUGCCACGACGAGUCUUUGCCCACUGUUCCGAACAACAAACGAAUGUAAAAAAGAAAACCUUAAAUCCUCUCUUUGACGAAUGUUUCGAAUUUUCCGUGAGUGUUGAACAAUGUCGAAGUCCGGAUUCAAUGGUCCUAUUCACUGUAAUGGACCACGAUGUACUGACGGCAAAUGAUUUUGCCGGUGAAGCCUUCUUGGGACUUAGCAGCAUUCCUGGCGUUGCGGAUUCUAAUGCAAGCAUCGAUAAUUUUCAUGGCCUCAAACAUCAAGAGUUACCUCUCAUGCAACAAAAAAAUAAAUAUCAUCCAAUUCUACAAAUUUUGGAAUCUCGAACAGGCGACAAAUUAGCCCUGGACUUUGUUAAAAAGCAAAAAUUACGAUUUGCCACUUAAAGAAAAUGAAAAAAAUUACGAAGAAUUUUUACUCUUAACAGAAGAAAAAGAAUUUUGAUAAAAAUUAUUUAUCAAAAUGAAAUUAUAGUAAAAAAAAAAGUACGCUCUGUUAUUUCUUUCGUAUAUAAAUCGAUGUCGAAUAUUAUAAAUCAAUAUCGAUAUAGGAAUAUAAAAAGUGAAAAAAGAAAAAAAGGUAAAAAAAAAAAUUAAGAAAAUGUGAAGAACUAUUUUUGUGUCAAUGUCGAAGCUCGAGAGAAAAAAAAAUGAUAAAAUGACAAAAAAUCAACAUGAAAUUAAUGUGCUGUAUCUAUAAGGAUAUAAUGAAUGUUUACAAAUUUAGGUACACUCACGCACCUUGGAAAUGACGCGAUCUCGAAAAUACAAUUCAUUUCAAAGAAAAAAAUACUAAAUACCCAUUAAGAGAAAAAAAAUUAAUACUAAUAGAAAACAAAAAUCGUAAGUAAAAAAUAUUAAAAAUCUUAAACGAUUUAAAAAGAAGAAAGAGAAAAUAAUAAAUAAAAAAAAUAACGUUAAAUGAAAUGUUUUUAUGAUGGUAACUAUUAGUGGAAAAAAAAAAUAAUAUUAAAUGAGAAAAAUUUGACAAAAAAAAAUCGUUUGAGAGAAAAAGUUUAGUUUUAGAAUUUUUAUUCAAUAUUCCAGAUUCGAUCACUUUUGUACCUUAAACAAUAUUUUCAAAAAUAUUAUCGACUGAUUAGACGGUCUUGAAAACAAUCAUAUCUAUUCUUUUAUACUCAAAAAUUUAUUUUCUCUUUUCAUUUUAGUCGGAAAAAAAAUUAGAAUCAAACAUUCUAUUUCUUUUGAGCUUGAAAAAUAAUUUUUAUUUAAAAAAAUAAAUAAAUUGAAUAAAUUGAAUUUCAUUGCGAAAAUAAAUUUUUGAGCCGAAAAAAAAAUUUACUUUAUAAGAGUUGUAGUAAUUGUCGUUUAACGUAAGAAUAAUGUAGAGAUUCUGGGUUGAACUUCAGUGUAAUAGUAAUUUAAAAAAAAAAUAGGGAAAAAAUUUAUUAAUUCGCAAAAGUGAAUAAAUCACAAAUGGGAAUAUUUAAGAAAAAUUUUUUUUCGAGGGGGAAUAAAAAAUCUUCCUCUCUCUCUCUACUUGCCUUCGAUACGAUCGUUUCGAUCCGUUUUUAUCGAAGAAUUCAAUCAAUUUAAUGGAACAAUCUUUAAAUUCUCUAUAUAGUAUAUAUAAAAGAAAUUAUAUUUUUUUUUCGAUUUCUUUUUGAGAACUACUGGAAUUAUUCUUUUUCUUUCAUUUUGUUGUUGAAAUUAUUUU